ACAAAACGAAUGGAAGGGGAGGGACCAAGACAGGAACUACUACUGCAGGGUCCUGCUACCCACUUUCAGCUCACGUUAUGUGACAGCUUGUGGACUGCUGUACCCGAGUCACACUGAAAAUCGCGGUUUCUUUCCUAAAAAACACCAAUAUUCGACCAUUUUCUGCGACUAACAAGACGCGUCUGCAAAAGUACCUUUCAUCGAGUGCAUUGACCCGGACAGUCUGUGACACGCGGAGUGGGCCAUGGCCUUCCUUGGGAGCACAGUUCGGCGGUUGGUGUCAGCAGUGCGGCCCCAACGCUCUCCCUUGUGCCGGAUGCCCGCUCGCACCUGCAGCUCUGAGCCCACCAAGGAAAAAAAUGUUCCGUAUGAAAAGACACUCAAACAGGAUGGAUCUUCCUCUGGGCCCACUAAACCUUUACCCAAGUCAGCGGAUGUGGUGGUGAUUGGAGGAGGCAGUCUGGGCUGUCAGACCAUCUACCACCUGGCUAAAAUGGGGAUGACAAAUGCUGUUCUGUUAGAGAGAGACAGACUGACUGCUGGCACCACCUGGCACACUGCAGGCCUUCUGUGGCAGCUCCGGCCCAGUGAUGUAGAGGUAGAGCUCUUGGCUCACACCAGAAAUGUGAUCAGUAAAGAUCUGGAAGAGGAGACGGGUCUCCAUACAGGCUGGAUCCAAAAUGGAGGACUCUUCAUCGCCUCUAAUAAGCAGAGACUGGAUGAGUACAAGCGCCUGAUGUCUCUUGGUAAAGUUUAUGGUAUCGAGUCCCAUGUGCUGUCACCUGCUGAGACUAAGGACUUGUAUCCUCUGAUGAACGUUGAUGACCUGUAUGGAACCCUGUAUGUACCAAAAGAUGGCACCAUGGACCCAGCUGGCACGUGCACCACCCUGUCCAGAGCUGCAACCGCCAGGGGAGCCCAGGUGAUUGAGAACUGCCCUGUGACUGGUAUCCAAGUGCGUGCAGAUGACCUCGGUGUAAAGAGAGUGAAGGCAGUGGAGACCGCCUAUGGGACCAUUGAGACGCCCUGCGUGGUGAACUGUGCAGGUGUUUGGGCCACCAAACUGGGUGCUAUGGCCGGGGUCAGGGUGCCUCUUAUCGCAAUGCAUCACGCUUACGUGGUGACAGAGAGGAUUGAAGGCAUACAGAACAUGCCAAAUGUCAGGGACCAUGAUGCAUCCGUGUACCUGCGCCUUCAAGGUGACGCUCUUUCCGUGGGGGGGUACGAAUCCAACCCCAUAUUCUGGGAUGAGGUGUCGGAUAAAUUCGCCUUCAGCCUGUUUGAUCUGGACUGGGAUACCUUCAUGCAACAUAUUGAGGGUGCAAUCAACAGAGUUCCUGGUCUAGAGCAGACUGGCAUCAAGUCCACUGUCUGUGGACCAGAAUCCUUUACAGCAGACCAUAAACCGCUGAUGGGAGAAGCCCCAGAGGUCAGAGGUUUCUUCCUGGGCUGUGGCUUCAACAGCGCUGGCAUGAUGCUGGGAGGUGGUUGUGGCAGAGAGCUGGCUCACUGGAUCAUACACGGACGCCCUGAGAAGGAUAUGUACGGUUAUGACAUCAGACGUUUCCACAACUCACUGACAGACAACCAACGCUGGAUCAGAGAGAGGAGCCACGAGUCGUACGCCAAAAACUACUCUGUGGUGUUCCCCUUUGAUGAGCCGCUGGCUAGCCGGAAUAUGAGGAAGGACCCUUUCCACCAGGUGCUGACAGAGCAGGGCUGCGUGUUCCAGGAGAGACACGGCUGGGAAAGACCUGGCUGGUUCAACAAAGACUCGCCUGCUCCUGUUAAAGACUAUGAUUACUAUGGAGCAUAUGAAAACAAGAAGAAUGUGAACUACAAAUAUAAUGAACUACUGGGCAAAGAGUACACCUUCGGCUUCCCUCCACAUCAUGACGUGAUUAAGAGUGAGUGCCUCUCAUGUAGACACGGCGUGGCUGUGUUUGACAUGUCCUACUUCGGAAAGUUCUAUCUCACCGGACCAGAUGCCAAGAAGGCGGCUGAUUGGCUGUUUACCGCUGAUGUCAACAAGAAGCCAGGCGCCACUGUGUACACCUGCAUGCUGAAUAAGAAAGGAGGGGCGGAGGCUGACCUGACAGUGAGCAGGCUGGAGCCCGGAGCUGCCAACCUUCCACUGGCACCAGAGUCCAAUGGUGAUGCAUACUACCUGGCCAUUGGAGGUGGUGUAGCAGAACACAACUGGAACCAUAUCAGAACCGUUCUCCAGGACGAGGGCUUCAGCUGCCAGCUGACCGACCACUCUGAGGACAUGGGGAUGAUCAGCAUCCAAGGACCUAAGAGCCGGGAAGUACUACAGGAGGUGUUGGACACAGACCUGAGCAAUGAAGCUUUCCCCUUUUCAACCCACAAAGUUGUCAGCGCAGCAGGGCAUCAGGUGAGAGCCAUGCGUCUGUCAUUUGUGGGAGAGCUUGGCUGGGAGCUGCACAUUCCCAAAGUCUCCUGCCUUCCAGUCUACCACGCUGUCAUGGCUGCAGGCGCAAAGCACGGCAUCAUCAACUCAGGCUACAGGGCCAUCGACUCGCUCAGCAUAGAGAAAGGCUACAGACAUUGGCAUGCUGACCUCCGCCCAGAUGACACACCCCUGGAGGCCGGGCUAGGCUUCACCUGCAAAAUGAAGAGUUCAAUCCCGUUCCAGGGCCGUGAUAGGCUGGAGAAACAGAAAGCAGAGGGGCUGAAGAGGCGCAUCGUGUGCUUCACCAUUGACGAGAAAGUACCAAUGUUUGGUCUGGAGGCCGUUUUCCGUAAUGGCGUUCCUGUUGGUCACCUACGGCGUUCAGACUAUGGCUUCUUCGUCGAUAAAACUAUCGGUUAUGGAUACAUCCGCAACCCUGAUGGAGGAGUGGUGAGUGCUGACUUCAUCAGGAGUGGAGAUUUCACCCUGGAGAGGAUGGGGGUGACGUACAAGGCCAAGGCCCACCUCAAAUCUCCAUUUGACCCUGAGAAUAAACGUAUCAAAGGCAUCUACGCUUGAAACAGACCACACCUGUAAAAACUGAUGAGAGUAACAAGCUCCUGAUUGAAGAAUGAAGCUGAGAGAGGUGCAACUUUUACCAGCAGAUGCAUCAGUCUUAAUUUUGACCUCUUUGUGAAGUGCUGGGUAUCUGGAAUUAUGAUAAUUCUGUUCAUAUCUGUAAUUUGAUGGUCAUACAGGGGUUGUGACAGAACUUUGUGCCCACUUUAAAAUUGAGCUUUUUAAAGAUAUCCUAAAAUCUGUUUCAAGAUAUGAAAAGGUGUUAACAUAAACCUGACAAGAUUUUUGUUUGAUGUUAAGCUACAAAUGUUUAUACCCUCUCUGGGUUUAAGGGUAACUGUGUUUUUAAAGUUUGGGAUGCUUCUAUGAAAUAAGAUUUCUGCCAGUAUAUCCUAAGAUGAAGAACUGAACAGGCCUGACUAGUUGUCCCAGGGACCCAAGGGAUCAAGGAACCCUUCAUCAGAGCCUCUGCUUUAAUUGACUGUUUACAUUUCUGGUCGGAAGUUCUGUGAAAGAUGCACAAAACAAACAACAACAAAAAAGCAUGAAGAGAUACUAAACCACCACAAGAGCGAGAAAAGUAACCUCAUAGAAACUUUAAAUUACAUUACUUCAAUUACAAAUCAAGCAAAAUUACAACAAAGGACAAAAAAUUGCCACAAAAUAUAUCGAUGAGACAAACAACUGAAUAAAAAAAGCCCAAAACAACCACAGAGAGAUGCAAAACAACAACAAGGAGACAAAAAACAACUACAAAGAGAAAAAAACAAGGUAAGUGAGCAACAUAACAUUUAAGAGACUAAAAUCUAUUUCCAGUGAACAAAAAACGACAACAAAAUUGAGCAACACAACAUCAAAGUGUCACUUACAUCACAUAAAUAAGACAAACAACAAUCAAGAGAAACAAAAUAAAUAAUCUUAAUACUGAGAGUCCUUGUCUGUGUCAAGAACUGCCAAUUUAUGUAUAGCUUACUCUUUAUAAGGUCACAAUUGAGUCUUAAUCCUGCAGACCUAAAUAGUAGCAUGUGAUCCACUGUUAGCCGGAUUUAGAUACACAAACUAAACUGAAUCUUUGUUCAUGAGAAGCUAUCAAAGUCACAGCAAGCUAACUCAGUAAAAGUCCUCAGUUCUGAUUAAUCCAUGUCAUUAAACUUUUAGAACGGUAGUUUCACAGUAGACUAUACAUCUCCACUGAAACAUGACCAGCCAGUAUUAAAGUUAACAUAAGGAGGAUGUUAUCUUCAUAGUUUCAGGUAUAACAACUUAUAUGAACAUAUACAGUUAUUGUCUUUAUCACCUACAUACUGAUCGUGGGGAUUUUCAUACAUUAGUACAGUUGGGAAGGGGGUUCAAUAAAAUCUGAAUCAUAUAAAAAGAGUCCCUGAGUACUUCCCUUAAGAGAAAACUGUUGUAGACUUCUAUUUGAAAGGAGUGAUUUAAGAGUCAAGCAUUAAGUUUAGUUUUGUACUUUAUAAUGAGCCAUAUUAUAUUAUAUUGUAGUGUUAUAAGUUAAUUUAUCCCAAAGUGGUAUACAUAAAUAAGUAAAGGAUUCCUAAACUAUGCCAGGCCUUCAGGCAGUAAGAGUCAGAUCACAGUGACUGAUGUUUGUGCUGAUAAUGUUGAGUAAAACAGACUUUUUAAAACAGACACAGUCUUAAUGUUUAUCAGAGUUGGAGGAAAGGGGAGAAGAAAACACCCUGAGGCGCAUUGAACCAGCGAGGGACAAAACACUGCUGGAGAAAAAUGACAGAAUUAGAUGAGAGCUAUCAGAAAGCCGCAGUCACAGAUAGAACCUCGUUUUCUGAUCCACACCCCCCGCCGCUUUGCUCCGCGGCGAUAAACUGCCGCCGCUGCUGCUUGUAAACUCACAUCACUUAGUUUUGUUUUUUAAGCAGACAUGUUGUCAUUUAACAAGGCUAUCUACACAUCCAGGCAGCCUUUAGAGCUCUCAUUUGUCUUGUUUUGCUGUUAAAGCACACUUAACAUUUUGUGUAUCUGCUUCACAGAAAAGCCCUCCAGGAGUUCAGGGGGCAUAAACACUUCUCCCUUUUGCUGAAAGCACUUACACUCUGAAGCAUCUGUAGGAGGUGUUCAGCCCAUUAAAAACACCUGAACAUCAUUCAUUAAUAGCACUAAAUAUACAAAAAUGACUUAUCACAGCUGUGGAGUGAGAUAUGCUGAAAUAUUUAGAAGUUCUGUGUGAUUUAAAUGUACAUUUUGAAGAAUCAACCAACAGAGUCCUUAGGGCUCUUUGAGGGGACAAACUGAGAACUUUUAGUGCCUUCAUGUGUCGAUACAGUGAUAUGUAGACACGUAUAAAAGCUACAACUGCUAAAAAGUUUGGCUUGCUGGCUUCUUUGUCAACAAUUCUGGUCAGUUGGGAUGUCUGUGUCUGACUAUGGUGUCAUUUUUAGCAGGAAAACUGACUUUUUGUAAACACAGUCUCCAAGAUCUGUGUUUCUUCCCCCUUGGCAUCUUCUUAGGUAAUACACAACAACAAAAGGUGUGUGCAGGCACUGACUCAACCUCACUUUCCAGACAUCCAAACAGUGUUGCCUGUGUGAUGUUAGUCAUCAUCAGUGUUCUUUUGUUGUUGUUUUGUGGUCACAGUGACCCUGUGUACUUCAAGAAUACACAAGGAGACUUAGUAACAGACUGAACAGCAUGCUGCCUUUCACACCGGACACCUCAAGUGCAAGUUUGUUGUAUAAGCUUCAAUCUCUGGUGCACCAACUGCUGGGGCAGGAUUCAAAACCAAGCCGCAAGCUCAGGUGUUAAAAAAGAAAGUCAAUGUUGAAGUGCAAAAAAUGCAGUGUCUUGGGUGUCCACUCGAGGCUGAAUCCAAAAUCCAAUGAAUUAUCAUUGAUUCAUUGGUUUUUAGAGCCCACUGGAACUUCACAACGUUGUGUGUUUCUAGGUUGACCAAAAGUUAGGUUGAGUCAUCAUUUCCAACAAGGCAACCGUCACCAUUAGCUUUAGAAUUCUUCUUCAGGAACCAAUAGGUGAUGUCAAUAAGACUACGCCUUUGUUUUAAACAGUCCAUGUUCACAACUCAUCGUUAAUUGUGCACCAUUUGGGGAUUUACACAAGAAACCCAGUAAGUUCUUUGGCAUCACAUGAAAUGUAAGGGCUUUAAUCAUUUACUCAAUCAACACUUAAGUUACUCUUUACUAGUGAGAAUGGUAAAUAAUGUUAAUAUAUCCUACAGAAACAUAUGAGAAAAGGUAUCUAGUAGCAAUUUAGCACCUGAAUCAUAGGGGCAGUCGUGUUUUGGGAAUUCUGUGUUAUAUGAGCCAUAUAUAAGCUGUAGGUGCAAAGUAGUAUUGACAAUUGACAAAUCUGUGUUUACAUCCACUUAUACAAACACAGUGCAGGCCAAACAUUACAACCAGUUCAUCACACAGCCUGUAAACAGCAGCCUAAAUAAAUGUGCAGAUGUAGAACAAGGCAUUUGUAUGUAUAGGUACGACUCGCCUUCUCUGAGUGUGUUGCUGCACGUUCAGCACAAAGUGUUUACUAAUGUAGAGUGAUUCAUUGAUUCUGCCCAGCAGGCCAUUAAUCAUUGCAAUGGUUGUUCUCUGUAGUGGCUCAGGUUAAUAACAAGAUUUAUAUAGAAAAUGUGAAACAGAGCGAUAAAGCACCAUCACAAAUGGUCCCUUACAUAAAAUGAACACAAUUGUGUUGGGGGUUUUUCUACUUCAGUUUACAGAAUUUCUCUUCCCUACUUAGUGUGAUGUGAAUAUUGGAAAAGGCUGAUAAAAUUAAGGUUAGGUUGAUUCUGAAAGCUAGCGGUAUCAAUGUUUAAAUAAAUGCAUCGCUAUUGAAAAAAGGGUUUUGUAGUUAUUCUUGUUAGUAUUGUCAUUAGAGAGCUUUUUGACCUGUAAAAAGUGGAAAAGUAAGAGUCAAUUGUCAAAUCUUGUGUUAAUAAAUGUCUUACAACUGCCUA